GACUUCAUUUGAAGCCAAAACCACACACAAACCAACAAGAAAACCUUAGCUACACUAUGAGACAUUCAAGGUUGAGUACCCUGCACUUCAAACCUUUAACUAUUAUUAAUUUAUUAUUAUUCAUUCCAAAAGAAAACUCUCUCCGUCCCCCUAACCCUUCACUUCCAUAGUAAACUCCAUGUAGCUUCCCUUAUUCAAUUCAUACUAUAUAGCAUCAUCAUCAUCAUCAUCUCUUCAAUUCAUCCACAUACCUUAAUCCACCCUAGCUUCUUCUCUUCUUUGAGUUAUUCCUCUAAGUUCCCUCAAUAGAAUCGCAAAAAUGGAUCAUCAGGGUCAGUGUUUGAUGAUGUGGACUAAGAGGAAGUACUCUAAUAAUCUUGUUACUACUAUGCCAACAACAAACAACACUCUUGAUAUUGAAGAAUCAUGGGAAGAACAAGCUUUUGCAAAAGAUGCAGCUGGUUACAUAUGGCCACCAAGAUCAUAUUCUUGCAGCUUCUGUAGAAGAGAGUUCAGAUCGGCUCAAGCUCUUGGUGGACACAUGAAUGUUCAUAGAAGAGAUAGGGCAAGGUUAAAGCAGCAGCAGCAACCAUCAAGCCCCAUUAAUAAUGAUCAAAAAAUUGAUGAUUAUUAUGAUGUCGAAGUUGAAGCUCAUCAUCAUCAUCCAGUUAGUAAGUUCUUCAAUGAGGGACAAACCGUGAUUCCGCUUCUUAAUUCUUCUAUUUUCCGUGGGUGCCUUAAGAGGAGUAGUAGUAAGAGUAUUAUUGUUUCUCCUCCUCAUCAUCAUAGUUUGCCUCAAGAUUUCAGAUUUUUGGAAACUGUAUGUGGUGGUGAAGAGAAAAGUGAUGAUGAUAUGGGUGUGAGAUUAAGCUUGUUUGUUCAUAGGGCUAAAGAGGAAGAUAUAAGUUCUUUCAAGAAGAGGAAAACAGAUGAUUCAACGAUUCCGAAAUCAAGUUCAGUAGUUGAUGUUAAUCAUCAUCAUGUUGAAUCACGCAACAAGUUUCAAUUUAGCCCUAACUUCAUUGAAGAGCUGGAUCUGGAGCUGAGACUUGGUUAUAGCAGCUCCCAGGUAUAUAGUAGCAAAUAAUUAAUAAUAAUAAUAUACAUAUUCUCGAUGAAUAUAGUUUAAUUUCUCCUCUUAUAUGUUUUUCACUCUUGUUUAAUUUGCUAAUUACUUCUCUCAAUUUGAAUACCUUAUUGUAAGAAUCUUUUCAUCAAGUUUGAUUAUUAUUGGAUCUGUGUGAUGACUGAUGAGGA